CACGCGCGCACACAGAUAGAAGAGCUGCAGGCUGCAACGGUUAUUUGGGUUGGGGCCCUCGCGAAAGUAUAAAAGAGAGCUCGUGAGUCGCACCGACGAGGAGAGACACAGCGGCCGCUCUCUCACUCUCUUCUUCCGAGCGCCGCGCGCGCACAUCGUCGUUGUGUGCACUUAUAUACCCUUCUUUCCUCACGGCACGAUUCUUCCUCUCUUCGGCUGUAGCGGCUUCCCGACAUCCGACGACGACGAGCCGCACAGAGACAGAUUGUACCUAUAGCUGCCGUUGAGCACGACGACAACGACGACACGCAGGCCAGAUAAUUUUCCACUGUCGGCAAUAUGGCCCUCAGUCAGACGAGCGUGAUGAGGCUGUACAACACAGUUAUCGAAGAUGUGAUAGCUGGAGUUCGAGAGGCUUUUUUGGACGAGGGUGUCGACGAGCAAGUGCUUCAGGAACUUAAACAAAUAUGGGAAAACAAGUUAAUGUCCAGCAAAGCUGUCGAACCAAUUAUUGAUCCUCCAGAGCCACAGCCACCUCAUAUGAGUAGUUCAGUUAAAACUUAUUCUGCGGCUAAUAAAGGUGGCUCCAAAAGGAAUUCUAAUGCCAACUCGAAUGCACAUUCCGGUGCUCAGCAACAAGCUCAGGCAAAAGAGCCAAUAUUACCUCAACCACAGGUUCAACAGCCACAACCUCAGCCUACGCAUGUGCAACCCCAACAAAUUCAAUCCCAAAUGCCACAUCAAUCACAACAGCCCCAACCUCAACAGAUGCAGCAGGUGCAGCAUGUUCAACAUAUGCAGGGUAUUCCUAUACAGCAGCAGGUCCAACAGCCAGUGCAGCAGCAUCAAACUAUUACUCAACAACAGCAAGUCAUUAAUCAACCAGCUCCAGUGAUAGAGAAACAAGUUUCUAUACAAAUUAAGUUACCUGUUCAUCAAAAUCUACCUGAAAGAUUGGUUACUGUUCACGUUCCUGCUUCAGCCAUUCAAGGCAAUCAGUUGCACGCAAUUUUCACGGGUCCUAUCAUCACAACUGCAAUCACAUUGCCUGUCCACAUUGCAACAUCUUUAUUGCAACAACAUGUCAAUCAAACAUUUGAAGGUUUACCUGGUUUUACACCAGUACCUGUUGCUCAUCCUGUCCAGGUUGUAUCUCAGGGAGCAAACAAUAUUAUGCAGCAACAGCUCAUACAAGGACAGCAACAAGGAAAUAUUGCUCAAUUGGAUGGAGCUGUAGGAGAUUCGUCUGAUGACGACGACGAUGAGGAGGAAGAAGAGAAUGACGACGAUGAAGAUCUUGAUGAAGAAAAAGAAGAAGAAGAGCAGGAAGACCCUAGUGCAAGAGAAGAAGAGCCACUGUGUUCAGAAGACGACGUAACUGAUGAUGAUCCUGCCGAUCUUUUUGAUACCGACAAUGUUGUAGUUUGUCAAUAUGAUAAGAUUACAAGGAGCAGAAACAAGUGGAAAUUCUACUUAAAAGAUGGUAUUAUGAAUUUAGGUGGCAAGGACUUUGUUUUCCAAAAAGCCAAUGGAGAUGCUGAAUGGUGAAAAAAUAUUAUAUGCAGUGUUGAUGCAGAAAAACCUUUUAUAAUCGAUUACUGCUGUAUACAAUGGACUGUAAAACAACUCCGUAGUGUUUAAACUACGCUUUUGCGAGUUGUUUUGGUGAUCAUUAUACAAAAUAACUUAUGUUACAUUGGUUUUUUUUAUCUCGUGCAAAAGCAAGUAUUUGAUUCUUUGUUUAGGUGACUGAUACUGAUUUUCUACUUGGAUACAGUACAAUUCUCCGAAUCUAUAAGAUGAUUCAUAUUGUAUUUUAUUCUUUAAAAAAAAAUCAAUUUUUAAUUGUUUACUACUAUGCGUAUAUGAGGGAAAGAUGUCCAACCUAAAUAUUACCCUCAAGUAAAGGAGACGAAAAAAUUCGGAACAAUCAAUUAUUUUUUCCAAAGCGAUAAAAAAACUACAGUAACUAUACGAAGAUAUGUAACGAUACAAAGAUGUUUAAAUACAAUUUUUGAAGAAUGAUACAAGGAUUUUAAAAGUUGUUCCUUAUACGAAAAAUUUAAAUCUAAAUGUGGCUUGUACACGAUAUUGCAAUAAAGUUAAACUUGUUUGCAAAAAAUCGGAUAUUGAAAUUACGUUUGUAAAUACAAAAGUAAAAAAUGAAAGUAAUGUAAAUAUAAAUAAUGCAACGUGUACGUGUUUGUAUUAAGAAGUUUGGAUACAUUUUUAAAUUUAAAAAUCCUUGAAUUUGACAUUCUAAAAUGAACAUCUUUGUUUUUUUGUACAGUUAGCAUAAAAUUUUCUUCUAGAAGUUCGAUAUAUUUAACAAUAAAUAACAUUCAAGGGCACAAGUGCCUUCUCUAGUUUUGAAUUUUUCUUAAUGUUUGUUUUAGUUUUGUCAAUUUGACAAGUCAUUUUUUUUUAAAUUAUGAAUUCGUUUUUUUCUCAAAAGCACGGUGGGUGGGAUGAAGUUUCCAUUUGAACGAGUAAGAACUUUUAGCGUUAUCUGUAUACAUAUAUUAUGUUGAUUCCAAUUUUCGUCUCGCUGAGAAUGUAAUGGAUGUGUGUACAUACAUGAUUUAAAGAGGGAAUGAAAAAAUAGGCGAGUUUGAAAAAUUGUGCAAAUAUCUGAUAAAUAAAUGUGUCUUAUAUUGUUAUUAUCAUAA